UUGAUUUAAAAAAAUAUCAUCGCUCCACAAAAUAAUAAAGGUCAGCUGACAGCCAAAAACGAAAGAAAAAACAUCGCCCACCAGUUUGACAGGUACUGCUGUGCAAUAAUAGACGAAUGUUUACAAACUGGCUGGCGCCCUGAAAAAUAUGACCUUCGAGGAGGAUUUAAUUGCAAAAGUUCGCGCUAACGAGGUGCUGUACAACGUGAAGAACGUAAACUAUCGAAGGAAAAACGACAAGGAACGGCUGUGGCAACAGAUCGCGUACGAGCUCAACUGCUCCGUGGAGGUGUGCAAACGGCGAUGGAAGAGUUUGCGGGACAAGUUCAUCAAGCUGAGCCGAGCGGAACAGGCGGCCCGCGGCACGUCCGACGAGGAGCAGCCGAAGAAGUGGCGCUACUUCGACAGUCUCUCCUUUCUGCAGGGCUACAACAAGGCCUCGCUCACAACGGCCAACUUCCUGGACAGCAUGUACCCGGGCGAGGAGCGGUAUGUCGACAUCAAGUGUGAACAUCCGAUAGGGCGGCAGCAGUUUGUGCGCGACGAUCCCGCUUCCGCGUUCGUUGACUGCGGUACCGGGCUGGUGGCGGUGAGCGAGCGGUUUGCCAACGCCCGCCCCAAGGCAACGCACCAUGAGCAGGCGGCGAGCGAAACCGGCGGCAGUAGCCGCAAGCGCCACACCGAUCUGAUCGAGUCGGAAUGCAUCAAAAUCAUACGGACGGCGGCGGAAGCGGUGCAGCUCGAGGCGCACGCCCAUAUUCGCCGCAGCAGCACGCAGCUACUGUUCGAGGCGCUGGCCCAGCGGAUCGACGAAGCGAACCUGCCCGCCAGCCGACUCAAUGCCAUCCAAACUGCCGUCACCAAUCUGGUGUACUCGUCCUUAUGAACGGGUGGUGGCGGGUGGCCCGGCUGGGUGCGGCUAACCACAAGCAAAACGGCUUCCGGGUUUGCCGGAUAAAUGCUGCAAUAUGAUGAUGCAUUGGGGAAGGAGAAACCCUUUGACCUAUAUUUCGCUGUAUGUGCGGUUUCUUCUCCGCUCCGAUGGCACAGAAAUUGAACAAUGCUCUCUUUGGCUAUGGCGGCGAUUGAAUACGUAAAUUAAACGAUAAAAUGAUAGGGAAACUAGCGUAGGUUUAGUUUGUUACGUUAUCUUUCUUAGCAUAGAGAGGGCCGCAGUCGCACUAGACUUAAGCUCUCGGAUACACCCGGUUUAGCGUUUGUUCUCUCUUGAAUGCUCCGCAAUUUCUAUUUAUAUUUCCGUUUGCUAGCAAAUAUGCUUUAAGGUGAAAGAAAAAGGCUUUUUUCGAUUCAAACCUUUUACUUCCAGAAUGAGCGCAUGGGACACAAUAACUUAACUAUUGAUACAUACAGUAACAAAAACAAAAGAACAAAACAGAUUGUACAACGUAAGAUAAGCAGCUAAGAAUACACAGCUAAGCAGGCAAUAAUAAUAAAGCGUACAUUACUCUACGUGCUUUUAAACAA